AUGGGAAAUUCACCCCAAAAUCUCCUCCCGGGGGACAGGACUGUGGUGCUGCGGGGCGGUGGCACCGGGAACGACAACGGAGGGCGAGGGCAGGGCUGGGGCACACGCUGGGGGGCUCAUUCCGAGCCCCGGUGCCCGGUCGCGGCCCUGCUGGCACCGCACGCCCACCCGCUGCUCCGCUCCUUCCCCAGGCAACCGGCCAAGACGCUGUGGUACGACCGGCCCCGGUACGUCUACCUGGAGUUCUGCGUGGAGGACAGCAGGGAUGUUCAGGUCGUCAUUGAGGACCAACGGCUGGUGUUCAGCUGCAAAAACGCAGACGGCGUGGAGUUCUACAACGAGAUCGACCUGUACGCCAGGGUCAACUCCAAGGACUCACGGGAGAAGCGCUCUGACCGCUCCAUUACGUGCUUCAUGAGGAAGUGGAAGGAGAAAGUGGCCUGGCCCCGCAUCACCAAGGAGAACAUCAAGCCCGCCUGGCUCUCCGUGGACUUCGACAACUGGCGAGACUGGGAAGGGGACGAGGAGGUGGAGAGGGCCAUGGUGGAGCAGUACGCAGAGCUCCUGGAGAAGGUGACGGACAAAGGCUCCCCACCGGCCAUGGACGACCUGGAUGUAAGACGAGCUAUGAAGGCGGGGACGCCGCGGGAGGCCGCCCGGUGCACCGGCAGCGCACACCGCCGAGACGGGGCUCCCUGGGGUUCCCCUCCGAGCGCGGCGGGAGCCGUCCGGUCUCCCCGUGCCCGUUACCCGCGCGGGGCACGGGGCAAUAAACCUGUCGCUUGCACGUCUCUUCCAGGGCAGCACCUUAUCACUGCCAUUGCAGACCAGAUGUUUGGAUUCAAGACAACCUCAUGGGAGCUGGGCCGCCAGCGAAGCUUCAUUGAGCUGGACACCCCCUCCAUGACAGCAGAGCAGGUGGAGGCCCUGGAGAGGAGCGUGAAUGAGAAGAUCCGGGAGAGGGUGCCCGUGAGGGUGCGGGAACUGGCUGUGGAUGACCCUGAAAUUGAAACGGUGAGAAGCCGUGGCUUGCCCGAUGACCACGCGGGGCCGGUGCGAGUGGUGGACAUCGAAGGCAUCGACUCCAACAUGUGCUGUGGGACUCACGUCUCCAACCUCAGUGACCUCCAGGUUAUUAAACUCCUUGGCACAGAAAAAGGGAAAAAGAACAAAACCAACUUGGUUUUCCUGGCAGGAAACAGAGUGCUGAAGUCGAUCGAGCAAAGUCACAGUACAGAGAAGGCUCUAACCUCACUGCUCAAAAAUGGCCCGGGUGAGCACGUAGAGGCUGUGAAGAGGCUGCAGAGCUCUGUGAAGCUGCUUCAGAAGAAUAACUUGAACCUGCUCAGGGACCUCGCUGUUCUGAUCGCCCGGGACUUCAAGAGCAAACCUGUGCCAAGUCAGCUCUUUGUGUUACACAGGAAAGAGGGUGACUCUGAAUUUAUGAAUAUCAUCGCUAAUGAGAUUGGGACAGAGGAGACCCUGCUGUUCCUGACUGUGGGAGAUGAAAAAGAAGCAGGACUCUUCCUUCUCGCGGGCCCUGUUGAAGCAGUUGAGAAUUUAGGUCCCAGGGUGGCAGAGCUGCUGGGGGGCAAAGGAGCCGGGAAAAGGGGCCGCUUCCAGGGCAAAGCCACCAAGAUGAGUCGGCGAGGAGAAGUGCAAGCUCUGCUCCAGGAAUUCCUCAGCCACCGGAGCCCUGAAGCGUGAGAAACAAUUCUCAAAACAGGGCUGUUUUCCCAGAGAAUAAAGAGCUAAACCCAGCA